UAGCACAAGCGCACACACACACACACACGUGCGCACACACACACUCCCUCCUCCACCUACCCACUGCCCGCACCCAAGCAAGUGAAGAGAUUCUCGACAAAUGCUGCAGCCUGAGCAGUCAGCUCGCAUCUUUUGCGGUGCACAUAUAGAAAAUCACAAAACUAAAGUAAGGGGGCGGGGGUGCCCACAAUCGGAUCUUAAUGCCGCGCACAUGGAAAAGGAUUUAGGAUCGCAUAGGAUCCACUCGGGAGGAGAGGCUCAGCUUCAGUUUAAGACCGAAGAACCAAAGACAGAAGGUUGAAGUUUGCCCGUGUGGAGGAGUGAGGUCCGACUCCAACGGGCCCCGCCGGACUCAUGAUGGCCCUCACGCUUCACCUCAAGUCGGUCGCCAACCUCCGGGGGAAAGGUGACCGCGUUGCCAAAGUCACAUUUCGAGGGUCGUCCUUCUACAGCCGCGUGGUGGCCAACUGGGAGGAGGCGGCACACUUUAAUGAGGUGUUCCGAUGGCCACUUGCGAGCAGACUGGAUGGCAGCGAGAUGCUGGAGAUCCAAGUGUACAAUUACAGCAAAGUCUUCAGUAACAGAUUGGUGGGGACUUUCUGCAUGGUGCUCCAGAAGGUGGCGGAGGAGGGGCAGCUUGAGCUGACGGACACACUCAUAGACGAUAACAACACGUCCCUAAACACCAGCGUUACCAUCGAGAUCAGAUACCAGCCGAUGGACGGCACGGCGGCCCUGUGGAACCACGGCGAGCAUCUGGAUGUUCCCGACGACCGCGACGGCAUGUUUACGUUCGAGACGGACAGCCUGCUGUCGGGGCACAGCCGCGGCUCCGGCGCAUCUGCGAAACGAUCGUUGCAGGGAUCCAUACCGACGUUCAGAAAAUCAGGGAAAGGAGUGUUUGCGGCCAUGAAGCUUGGCAAGAUCAGGAGCUCCAAAGACGAUUACAAGAAAGAUGAGCCAGCAGUGCUCGACAUGGACGACCUGGACAACAAGGCGAUGCGUCUCGCCGGAAUGUUGGAACCGGAUGCCGUUUCUCUGGCCUCUGUCACUGCUGUCACCACCAACAUAUCCAAUAAGAGAUCCAAACCAGACAUCAAGAUGGAACCGAGUUCUGGACGACCGGUGGAUUACCAGAUAAGCAUCACGAUCAUCGAGGCCCGCCAGCUCAUCGGCCUCAACAUGGACCCGGUGGUAUGCGUGGAGAUCGGCGAUGACAAGAAGUACACGUCCAUGAAGGAGUCCACCAACUGCCCCUACUACAACGAGUACUUUGUCUUCGACUUCCACGUCCCCCCCGAUGUCAUGUUUGAUAAGAUCAUUAAGCUCUCGGUUAUCCACUCUAAAAACCUUCUUCGGAGCGGGACGCUGGUCGGAACCUUCAAGAUGGACGUCGGGACUGUUUACUGUCAGCCCGAGCACCAAUUCUACCACAAGUGGGCCAUCCUGUCCGACCCCGUUGACAUCACGGCGGGAUGCAAAGGCUACCUGAAAUGCGACAUCGCCGUGGUGGGCAAAGGCGACAACAUCAAGACUCCGCACAAGGCCAACGAGACCGAUGAGGAUGACAUCGAAGGGAACCUGCUUCUCCCCGAAGGAAUUCCGGCGGAGCGUCAGUGGGCGAGAUUCUACGUGAAAGUCUACCGCGCCGAGGGCCUGCCCAAGAUGAACACCAACAUCAUGGCGAACGUGAAGAAGGCCCUCAUUGGAGAAAAUCGCGACCUUGUGGAUCCUUACGUUCAAGUGCACUUUUCUGGGCAGAAAGGGAAGACCUCAGUGCAGAAAAGCAGCUACGAACCCGUCUGGAACGAGCAAAUCGUCUUCACCGAGCUCUUCCCUCCGCUCUGCAAACGGAUGAAGGUCCAAAUCCGUGACUCGGAUAAGGUGAACGACGUCGCUAUUGGAACCCACUUCAUUGACCUGCGCAAAAUAUCCAAUGACGGCGACAAAGGGUUCUUGCCUACCUUGGGUCCGGCCUGGGCCAAUAUGUACGGCUCGACACGCCAGUACACCCUGAUGGACGAGCACCAGGACCUGAACGAUGGAUUGGGCGAGGGCGUCUCCUUCCGAGCCCGUCUGCUGCUGUCUGUCGCCGUGGAGAUCCUGGACACGACCUCCCCGGAGAUCCUCAGCUCCACCGAGGUGCAGAUGGAUUCCAUCGCCAACAUCUCGGAGAAUGCCACGGGCAAGACGGAAGAGUUCUUCCUCUUCGGAGCCUUCCUGGAGGCCACCAUGAUUGACCGAAAGAUUGGUGACAAGCCGAUUUCUUUCGAGAUCACGAUCGGUAACUAUGGCAACCAGAUAGACGGCACGAGCAAGCCAUCCUGGUCGAGGAAGAAGAAGGACGGCGAGAACGACGACGAGGACAGCGAGCUCAUCCAAAACUCCAGCGAAGACGAGGCGGAUGAGGAAGGCGGCCUGGAGUCGGUCUCCUGCACGCCCCUCAUGAGGCCCGUCAUCACAGAUAGGAAUUACUUUCACCUUCCCUACUUUGAGAAGAAACCCUGCGUGUACAUCAAGAGCUGGUGGCAGGACCAGAGACGACGACUGUACAACUCCAACAUGAUGGACAAGAUUGCCGACAAGCUGGAGGAGGGCGUCAAUGAUGUCCAGGAGAUCAUUAAGACAGAGAAGGCCUUUCCGGAGCGCCGACUCAGGGGAGUUCUUGAGGAACUGAGCGUUGGCUGCAGUCGCUUUGUGACUUUGGCAAACAAGGACUUAAACCAGUCGGGUAGAACCAAACUGGAUCGGGAAAGACUCAAGUCUUGCAUGAGAGAAAUGGACAACAUGAGCCAGCAGGCCAAACAGAUGAGGACGCAAGUGAAGAAAAACACCGUCAAAGACAAAUUAAAGCUGGUGCAAAACUUCCUGCUGAGGCUUCGCUUCCUCGCUGAUGAGCCACAACACAGCAUCCCGGAUGUUUUCGUGUGGAUGAUGAGCAACCAUAAACGUAUCGCGUACGCCCGCAUCCCAUCCAAAGACAUCCUCUACUCGUUGGUGGAUGAGGAGACGGGAAAAGACUGCGGGAAAGUUAAAGCUGUCUUUCUGAAGCUGCCUGGUAAAAAGGGUUUCGGCCCAGCCGGUUGGACUGUUCAGGCUAAGCUGGAGUUGUACCUGUGGCUCGGUCUCAAUAAGCAAAGGAAAGAAUUCACGAGUGGUCUGCCCAACGGUUUUGAAGAAGUCAAAGCUGCUAAAACGGCUCCUUCGCUUCACUCUGUGCCCCCUGUCAGCCUCGUGUAUAACAUGAAACAGGUCUUCCAACUGAGAGCGCACAUGUACCAAGCGCGAAGCCUGUUCGCCGCCGACAGCAGCGGCCUCUCCGACCCUUUCGCCAGAGUCUUCUUCUCCACACAUAGUCAGGUCACCGAGGUUCUGAGCGAAACCCUGUGUCCCACUUGGGACCAGCUGCUGGUUUUCGACAACGUGGAACUCUUUGGGGAAGCCGGCGAGCUCAGAGACGACCCGCCGAUCAUUGUGGUGGAAAUUUACGACCAAGACACAGUGGGCAAGGCGGAGUUCAUCGGUCGCACCUUCGCCAAGCCCGCCAUCAAGAUGUGCGAGGAGCACUACGGCCCCCCGAGGUUCCCCCCGCAGCUGGAGUACUUUCAGAUUUACAGAGGCAACUGCACCGCUGGAGAACUGCUGGCUGCCUUCGAGCUCCUCCAGAUCCCAUUUGACGGCGAGGAGCUUAGACGAGCUCUGAUCACUGUCCAUAACUUUGCUGUUCCUCAGAUCAAGAUUGGUCAAGGAGGGGCGACCGAUCUUCCGCCGCUGGAAGGACCGACCGACUUCGAGCGAGGCCCAAUUAUCCCAGUUCCAUUGGGUAUCCGACCAGUCCUGAGUCGCUACCGCAUCGAGGUCUUGUUUUGGGGCUUAAGGGACCUAAAGAGGGUCAACCUGGCCCAGGUGGAUCGACCUCGCGUGGACAUCGAGUGCGCUGGGAGAGGCGUUCAGUCCGUCCUCAUUCCAAACUACAAGAAGAACCCAAAUUUCAGCACCUUGGUCAAAUGGUUUGAGGUGGACCUCCCUGAAAAUGAGCUCUUGCACCCUCCGCUCAACAUCAGGGUGGUGGACUGCAGAGCGUUCGGUCGCUAUGCUCUCGUUGGUUCGCACGCGGUCACGAGUCUCCGGCGUUUCCUCUACUGCGCUCCCGACAAGGCGUCCAGUCACUGGGGCAGCGCAGCUAAAUUAAUGAAUGGCUACAUGGUCCUGACCAAUGGCGGCUCCCGGCAUGGUUUUUCACCCAGCGCUUCCUCGCGCGCUCUCUCCCGCUCCGCAGGCGAAAUCAUCGUCCACGUGGACUCCGUGGAACCCGCCAUCCGGAAAAUGGACACGCUUGUCAAGUUAGAUGCUACAUCUGAUGCUGUCGUAAAAGUUGACAUGCUUGAAGAAGAAAGUGACAAAGAGAGAAAGAAGAAAAAGAAAAAGAAGGGCGCAGCGGAUGAAGAGGAUGAGACGGACGAGAGCGUGCUGGAUUGGUGGUCCAAAUAUUUUGCGUCCAUUGAGACAAUGAAAGAGACUCUCAGAGCUCAGGAAGCAGCUCAGGCCGAAGUAGAGGAGCGAGAAGACCUGGAAAUUGCAGCUGAAGCGGCAGAUAUCAAAUGUGAUGACCCUGUUCGGAAAGGCUCCAGGAUGAGGGAGAGAAACAAGGAGAAGAGGAGUGCCAAGGACAAGAAAAAGUGUCACGCUGUGGACGCAGCUGAGAAACGAACGAUUAAAUCCAAAGUGGAUGAGUUGAUGGUGUACAACAAGGAACUCGAGACCGAAUACGGUGACUUUGAAGACUGGCUGCAUACUUUCAACCUGUAUAGAGGGAAAGCCGGGGAUGACGAUGAACACGCUCUGGAUGAUGACCGCAUCGUGGGACGGUUUAAGGGUUCCUUGUGCAUGUACAAGCUGCCAUUGUCUGAGGAGAUCACGAGAGACGUGGGAUUCGAUCCAAACAUGGGCAUGUUCCAGAGCAUUCCUCAUAACGACCCCGUCAACGUGCUCGUCCGGGUAUAUGUGGUCAGGGCCACGGAUCUUCAUCCCGCGGACAUCAACGGGAAGGCAGACCCGUACGUCGUGGUCAAGCUGGGAAAAUCGGAGGUGAAGGACAAAGAGAACUACAUCUCCAAGCAGCUCAAUCCUGUGUUUGGCAAGUCCUUUGAUAUCGAAGCCACAUUCCCCACGGAGUCCAUGCUCACGGUUUCCAUAUAUGACUGGGAUCUUGUCGGCACCGACGAUCUGAUCGGAGAGACCAAGAUCGACUUGGAGAAUCGCUUCUACAGCAAAUACAGAGCCACCUGUGGCAUCUCGUCUGCCUACUCUCUCCAUGGGUACAAUAUUUGGCGGGAUCCUUUGAAGCCGAGCCAGAUCCUCGCAAGGCUGUGUAAAGAAGGCAAGAUCGACGCCCCUCAGUAUGGCCCGGGAGGGAAAGUCAAGGUGGCCAACCGCACCUUCGUGGGACCAACCGAGAUCGAGGAUGAAAAUGGUCUGAAGAAGCAGACGGAGGAGCAUUUAGCACUGAUGGUGCUGAACCACUGGGAGGAGAUCCCGCGAGUGGGUUGCCGACUCGUUCCGGAACACGUUGAGACCAGACCCCUGCUGAACCCUGAUAAACCGGGCAUCGAACAGGGUCGUAUCGAGAUGUGGGUGGACAUGUUUCCCAUGGACACACCGGCUCCCGGACCCGCAAUUGAGAUAGCGCCACGGAAGCCUAAAAGAUAUGAGCUCAGGGUGAUUAUUUGGAAUACAGAUGAAGUAAUACUGGAGGACGAUGAUUACUUCACUGGGGAAAAGUCCAGUGACAUAUUUGUCAGGGGCUUUGAGCUCCGUGUUAUUAUUUGGAACACUGAUGACGUAAUUCUAGAGGACGAUGCUUUCCUGACAGGGGAGAAGAUGUCUGACAUCUAUGUCAGGGGGUGGCUGAAGGGGCAGCAGGAAGACAGGCAGGACACCGACGUCCACUACCACUCCCUGACCGGCGAGGGAAACUUCAACUGGCGCUUCGUCUUCCCCUUUGACUACCUCAUGGCCGAGGAGAAGAUUGUCAUCUCCAAGAAAGAAUCCAUGUUCUCCUGGGACGAGACGGAGUACAAGAUUCCGGCUCGCCUCACGCUGCAGGUGUGGGACGCCGACCACUUCUCUGCCGACGACUUCCUGGGUGCCAUUGAGCUGGACCUGAAUCGCUUCCCUCGCGGGGCCAAGACCUCCAAGCAGUGCUCCAUCGACUUGAUCCGAAACGAACAAGAUCUUCCCUCCGUUUCCAUCUUCAAGCAAAAGAGGGUCAAGGGUUGGUGGCCAUUUGUGGCCCGAGAUGAAAAUGACGAGAUGGAGCUGACGGGCAAAGUGGAGGCCGAACUCCAUCUGGUGACUGCUGAAGAGGCAGAGAAAAUCCCAGUGGGGCUCGGCCGCAACGAGCCCGAUCCGCUGGAGAAACCAAAUCGGCCAGACACAACCUUCCUGUGGUUCCUGAGCCCGCUGAAAGCCAUCCGCUAUCUGGUGUGCAACCGCUACAAGUGGCUCAUCAUCAAGAUCAUCCUGGCCUUGCUCCUGCUCGUCAUGCUGGGACUUUUCCUGUACAGUAUGCCGGGCUACCUCGUCAAGAAGCUGCUCGGCGCCUGAGCGGGAUCGGCGCGGGCAGCGCGGGGUUGCGGAAGGCUGAGUGAAGGCAGCGGCUCGGGAUUUACACCGCUCUUUCCGUCAGCCUCGACCACAGGAAGGGAGCAAAUUUGCAUUCGUGUUCAUUGGUCUCUCUCUCGCUCUCCGAGUCAAGAGAGAGCGAGAGAGAGAA